GAAAUAUCUUGGGUAGGCACUAGGACCCCACGAAUGCCUAUAUGAAAUGCUGCCUGGCAGCAUGUCAGUGGCACAGAGCUUCCUUAGCUGUUACACAAGACAAGGAGCAGCAUUUGGAGCAUCAUUUUCAUCCUGAAACCUGCAAGCUCAGAUGGGAGCAACAGUGCCAUAAAGAAAUGGGCUAGUUAUUUCCAGCUAGUGAGACCUGGGAGUAUUGUACACCAAAAGUGUUCAUAAAGAUCAGCACUAUGACUGAUGGGGACUAUGACUAUCUGAUCAAACUCCUAGCCCUGGGGGAUUCUGGGGUUGGGAAGACAACAUUCCUUUACAGAUACACCGACAACAAAUUCAACCCAAAAUUCAUCACAACAGUAGGAAUAGACUUUCGGGAAAAACGUGUGAUAUACAAUAGCAGAGGACCAAAUGGAUCUCCAGGAAAAACCUUUAAGGUCCAUCUACAGCUUUGGGACACCGCUGGGCAGGAAAGAUUUCGAAGUCUCACCACAGCAUUUUUCAGAGAUGCCAUGGGCUUUUUAUUAAUGUUUGAUCUCACCAGUCAACAGAGCUUCUUAAAUGUCAGAAACUGGAUGAGUCAACUGCAAGCCAAUGCAUAUUGUGAGAAUCCCGAUAUAGUAUUACUUGGUAACAAGGCUGACUUAUCAGAUCAGAGGGAAGUCAAUGAGAGACAAGCACGAGACCUUGCAGAUAAAUAUGGCAUACCAUACUUUGAAACAAGUGCAGCUACUGGGCAAAACGUGGAUAAAGCUGUGGAAAUGCUCCUGGACUUGAUAAUGAAGCGCAUGGAACAAUGUGUUGACAAGACACAAGUAUCUGACACAGCCAAUGGAGGAAGCUCGGGGAAGCUAGAUUCAGCAAAGCCAGAGGAGAAGAAGUGUGCCUGCUAGACUUCACUCUAAACUGUGAGAACCAAUACAAAUAUUUGAUCUGAAAAUGGCUGAUUUACCACUAAAUUCAAACCUGGCCAUGCACAGAAACAAAGUUGUCUUGUUUGGGUUUUUGUUCUCCAGAGAACUGAGUUUUCAGGGAGGCUUCUGUGCUGGAACUAAUAUUCCUGAUAUGGCACCAUGGAAGAUCUAAAAGCGCCCUCAUAUUAAUACAAUCAGGCUAGAAAAUGUAGGAGAGAUGUUCCCUCCUACUUUGGAAGGAGAAAAUUAUUGUUUGUAUAGGGGGAGGAGGGGAAAGAUAAAUAAUUUGGAUAUCGUGAUAAACUAAAAAGGGAGUACUUUGUUAGGUCUCUGUCUUAAUUGAAUCUUGCUUCUUUAUACUAUUUUGUAUUUACAUCAGAGACCAUGCAUCUGCUAAAGUGGAGAUAUGAGUAAAGAGAAUGUUAUGUGGUGUAUUACUUGCACAAAGCAAGCAAUGGUGUGACUGACUGAAAAUAAGCUAUGUGUGAGGAGAAAGGGGUGGAGGCUAUUUUUUUAAAAAUAAAACCAGGGAAACGUGCAACAUUAUUUGUGUUGCUAGUAAAUAAUCAAACAGGCUUUGGAGGGUGAGGGGGAUAGGGAGAAGAUGCUCAAAUUCCAGCACUACAUGGAAAAGUGGCAAUACUUGCUGUUUGAGGCCCGCAGAAUGCAUUUCGUGGUGUGUCUUACAAAUUUCACUAUAAGCAAAAGCACUCUUUGCUAGUCAGAAAAAUUCAGUGUUCAACACCAGAAAACAGGCUGUGUGCAUCAGGUAGGGCGUGCACGGGGAAUUGUGAAAAUGGUGUCACUGUCUAAAAGAGUUGCAAAAAUUGUAUAGCACUUACUGAUCCUCUAAAAAGUUAUUGAGUUGUUGACUGGGAACUCACCACCUGCCAUGAUUUUGUGAUGUUGCCAGUAUGCUUUGCUUUCAAAUGAGCACAAUUUUUGCAUAUACAAAAUAGACUAGAAAGUGACCCUCCUUGUAAAAUACUUGAGUGGGGAAUUGGAAUGCCAACAUAUUAAAUGUGAUCUAACACUAGAUAAAAUGUAUUGUAUUGUGUAGAGCCUAUAGAAGUGGGGUGCUAUGGCAGGUAAUUAGAAGCACCACCAGUUGCAUUAAAAAGUAAAGCAGGAAGGUAAAAUGUGAGUAAUUUUUUGUAUUGUCUCAGUGUAUCUGAGUGUGGCUGAGAGAAGGAAUGAGAGUUCUUCUACAACAGCAUGUCUCUCUCUCAUCACUGGCUUCUCAUUUAAAAGCAAAGAGUAUAAAAAAAUAUUUAGGGUUUACUUCUAUUAAAUAGGUAAGGAUCUAACAAGAUGUUCAAAGGACUCCAUGAAUUUGUACUUCCAGACUAAUUUUUAAAAAUCACUCCAGGGAAAAAUGUUUCACAGACGAGCUCUACCAAAGAGCAAAACUAAAUUGGUUGGGUUGGGGGAGAUGGUGGAAGGGAGGCAGACUUCCGCUGCUUUAAAAUUAAAUCAAAUGUGAGGGUUUUCAGUUUUAGUUUUUGAAGUACUGUGAUUUUGAACCAAUUAAGCUUACCAGGUGGCUAGUCCACAAACUAUCUGAUUCAAUACCUUUUUUUU